AUGCCAUCAGGGUCUUGUUUUGGCUCUUGUUCAAUAGAACAUCGAGACAUCUUUUUGCAAAAGAAAGAUGCACUUAUUCAGCACCAUCGAAAGAGGUACAUUACAUCCUAUCGAGGCAAAGAUCUCCGAAAUAUCUAUGGAAAAGAUAUUCCAAAUACGGAAGAUUCAAAUUCGCUUAGGCAAGAGGGACAAGAACGGAAAGAUACUUCAUGA